UGAGGGAAGAAAUAGCUAAUGGCUCCAAAACGUGGUCAGAAAGUGGUGGUCAGAUCCACCAGGAAAGUGGUGCAAGAAACCAUGCAGGUUUCGGUUGUAAGUAGCAGCAAAAGAUCAACCCGAGGAAACAGAGAUCUUCAUAUAGGUGAAGAGCACGUAAGGAUCAUUACCGUUGAGGAAGUAACUCCACAAGCCCAAGAGGGUACAAGUACCACCACUAUCACUACUGAAGACAAAACAAAGCAAGAAAAUACUUCAAGUGAUCAAGUCCAACAUGAAACAGACGAACAGAGGAGACACACUCCAAUGGGUGCUCAGACAGAGGAACCAAAAGAGCCAUCCGCAAAAAAAGAGCAGGAGAAGGCUAAUACCCAGGAAGGAAAUGAUGGUAAAGAGAAAAGGAGGAGGAAGAAAAGGGUGAAGAGAAACGGUGAAGGGUAUCAGAGAUACGUGUAUAGGGUAUUGAAGCAAGUGCACCCUGAAAUGGGAAUUUCUUCUCAGGCCAUGACUGUUUUGAAUAAUUUAAUGAAUGACAUGUUUGAGAGGCUAGCAGAUGAGGCUGCUAAGCUGAAGAGUUACGAAGGACAUAUGACACUGUCGUCAAGAGAGAUACAAGGAGCAGUGAAGCUGGUUUUGCCCGGGGACCUUGGGAAACAUGCCAUUGCUGAAGGAGCCAAGGCUGUGGCCAACUGUAUAUCCCACGAUGCGUGACAUUGGCUCAAGUCUUUAGGUUUCCACUAUGUUUCAACUAUCGUAUUGUAACUUGGAAGGUUGCUGCCACAGCUGCGCGCUGUGCAGGUACCUGUGUUUAUUUCGUUUUUGCUUUCUUUUUGGACAAAAAAUGCAGACAAAUGGAAUGGUUGCCAUUUGUGGAAGCUGUGUCACAGGUGUAGGGUACAGAUAACUAAUUGCCGCCUAUAAUGGGAGUUGCUACUUUUUUAACUGAA